AUGACUAUGUUUUUGGGUUUGCAGGUUUGUCAAGAUUCAUUUGGAAUCCUGUUACAUCAAGGAAAAUAUGUUGAAGACAUGCUUGAGAGGUUCGGGUUCAAAGAUUCAAAAGCUGACCUGACGCCAAUGGCUGAACGACCCCUGUUGUCUCCAGAUUGUGAAGGCGAAUCCGUAGAUCAGAGUGAGUAUAGAUCAAUGAUCGGAUCCCUGAUGUAUCUAACUACGAGCAAGCCGUACAUCAUGUUCACAUUUUUUCAAUGUGCACGAUAUCAGGCUAAUCCUAAACUCUCUCACUUAAUUGUUGUUAAAAGGAUCUUUAGGUAUCUCAAAGGUAACCCAAAAUUGGUUCUUUGGUACUCGAAGAACUCUGAUUUUGAUUUAUAUGCAUUCGCUGACAACAAUUACGGAGGUUGUGAACUUGAUAGGAAAUCAACUUCUGGGGGAUGUCAAUUUUUAGGUGACCUUUUGGUGUCAUGGCAGUGCAAGAAACAACACACGGUCUCAACCUCAACGGCGGAGGCAGAAUACAUUGCUGCUUCUGCCUGUUGCUCUCAAGUCAUUUGGAUUCAACAUCAGCUGUUGGAUUACGAUUUGAAUUUUCUUGAAACUCCUAUCUUCUGUGACAACGAUGCUGCAAUUCAGAUAGCUAAAAAUCCGGUCCAACAUUCUUAG